AUGGACCGUCUCCUUGUCGAGUUCGGCAAGGAGAUCCUGAAGAUCAUCCCCGGCCGUGUCUCCACCGAGGUCGACGCCCGCCUGUCCUUCGACAAGGAGGCGACCAAGGCGAAGGCGAAGGAGCUCAUUGCCCUCUACGAGUCGCUCGGUAUCAAGAAGGAGCGCAUCCUCAUCAAGAUCGCGUCCACCUGGGAGGGUAUCCAGGCUGCGCGCGAGCUCGAGCGCGACGACGGCAUCCACUGCAACCUCACGCUCCUCUUCGGCUUCGGCCAAGCCGUUGCGUGUGCCGAGGCGGGCGUCACGCUCAUCUCGCCCUUCGUCGGCCGUAUCCUCGACUGGUACAAGAAGAACAAGCCCGGAAAGGACUACGUCGGCGACGCGGACCCCGGUGUGCAGUCGGUGAAGAAGAUCUUCAACUACUACAAGCAGCACAACUACAAGACGAUCGUCAUGGGUGCUUCUUUCCGUAACACUGGCGAGAUCACCGCUCUUGCGGGCGUUGACUUCCUCACGAUCUCCCCCAACCUCCUUGAGGAGCUCAAGAACGACACCUCCGCCGUCCCCAAGAAGCUCGACGCGAGCGCAGCUCUCAAGGGCGAGCAGAUCCCCAAGGUCACGUACGUCGACAACGAGGCCGAGUUCCGCUGGGCACUCUGCGAGGACGAGAUGGCGAACGACAAGCUUCACGAGGGUAUCCGCAAGUUCGCACAGGACGGCGAGGCGCUCAAGAGCGUCCUUCGCAAGAAGCUCUCGGCUUAG